AUGUCCGCUCAAGGCUCUAGACUUCAAGGCAAGGUUGCCAUUGUGACUGGUGGUGGCUCUGGCUUUGGUGCUGCAAUCGCCCGUCGCUUUGGUGAAGAAGGCGCAAAGGUUGUCGUCGCCGAUAUCAACACUGAAGGAGGGGAGAAAGUCGCUGCACAGAAUCCUGCCAACCUCGUUUUCCAACACACCGAUGUCACACAAGCUGAUGCAUGGCGAACUGUUGUUGAUGUUGCAUUCUCUAAAUUUGGGAGAUUGGAUAUUCUGGUGAAUAAUGCGGGAACUUCAUACCGUAACAAGCCCACAGUCGAUGUUACGGAGGAUGAGUGGGAACGUGUCUUCAAGGUCAAUGUCAAGAGUAUCUAUCUUGCUGGCACAGUUGUGAUCCCCCGUUUGAUCGAACAAGGAUCCGGUGGCUCGGUGAUCAAUAUUUCUUCGACUGGUGCGAGUCGACCUCGACCUGGACUGGUGUGGUACAAUGCAUCCAAGGGUGCAGUUACAAAUGCAACUAAAGGUCUCGCGGCUGAGUAUGGUCCACAGAAUAUUCGGGUGAACAGUGUUGCGCCCCUGCUAUCAGGAACUGGACUUUUCUCCAUGUUUACCGGAAUGGAGGAUACUCCUGAGAAUAGGGCAAAGUUCAUCGGGAAUGUACCGUUAGGUCGCCUCACAGAGGCGGAUGAUAUUGCUAAUAUGUGUCUGUACCUGGCCAGUGAUGAGGGUCGUUUCAUUAAUGCGGAGUCAUCAACUUCACACCCUGAGCUCCUGAGACAGCUUCACCAUGCGAUCACGCAAGUCGGUUUUCUAUAUAUUUCAAAUCAUGGAGUCCCGUGCAAAACCAUUUCAGAUUUUAAGGAAAUACUCCAUAUCCUAUUCUCCCUUGACUCCAAAAGCAAGGAGGAUGUCGCACUGCACCGCUCCCCGCAUUUCCUAGGAUACAGUCAUGUCGGCUCUGAGACCACCGCGGGAUUGGAAGAUAAAAGGGAACAGUUUGAGUUUGCAACAGAGCUGGUCGACACAUGGGAUGCAGAGCAACCAAUAUAUGAGCGACUUAAGGGUCCAAAUCAGUGGCCAGGGAAAGAUGCGAAGAUCCGCGUUGUCAUUGAGAGAUACAUUGCAGAGCUCACACAACUUAGUGAACGGUUUCUUCAGCUUGUUUCAGAGGCUCUUGCAAUUCCCCAUGAGACUCUGUUCUCGCUUCUCUCUGAUCAGCAUCGUCUCAAACUAGUUCACUACCCACCCUCGGAUCCCAAAAGAUCCACUGAACAAGGCGUCGGGCCUCACAAAGAUUCAUCUGGGUGGUGGACAUUUCUACUUCAAGCAUCUCCACCUCAUGUGAAAGGCCUACAAGCGUUGAAUAAAGCUGGCGAGUGGAUAGACAUUCCCGUUAUUGAGGACACCUUUGUAGUGAACAUCGGGCAAGCGUUCGAAGUGGUUACACACGGAGUCUGUAAAGCGACUACUCAUCGAGUUCUAUCUGAACCCUGGGAGCGGUGUAGUGUGCCAUUCUUCCAGGGCGUGCGAAGAGACUUGGCCAAGGAUGAGGCACUGCAUACUCUGAAGGAAUAUUUACCUCAAAUUACAUCUCUUGAAGCGGCGGAGGGGGCAAGUAUCGAUUCGGCAUUUUUGCGUGGGAAAUAUGAUACCUGGGGAGAAAGUCAGCUACGGACUAAGAUUCGAAGCCAUCAGGAUGUGGGACGCAUGUUUUAUGCUGAUGUAUUUGACAAGUACAUGAACGAUGACUAG